UCGGAGGGAAGAGUUGCGCUGCUCCCCACCCCCGCCUUGGGACGGGAGUUGCGCUGGCCCAUUCUGCAGAUGGAGACACGGAGGCCACUGGCUGCUGUGAACUUCUCGGGGGCGCAUGUGGCAGGCUCGGUGGGGCGGGUAUGCGAUGCUCAGCCAGUGCCUUUCGUCCCACAGAUGCUGGCCGUGAUGCUCGGGGCUGGAGUCGCGGUGUUGGUCACGGCCGUGCUCAUCCUCCUGCUUGUGCGGAAGCUUCGAGUGCCCAAAACUCCAGCCCCGGAUGGCCCGCGGUAUCGAUUCCGGAAGAGGGACAAAGUGCUCUUCUAUGGCCGGAAAAUUAUGCGGAAGGUGUCACAAUCUACUUCCUCCCUGGUGGACGCCUCUGUCUCCACCACUUCCAGGCCACGCAUGAAAAAGAAACUCAAAAUGCUGAACAUUGCCAAGAAGAUCUUACGCAUCCAGAAAGAGACUCCAAUACUGCAGCGGAAGGAGCCCCCACCUGCAGUGCUAGAGGCUGACUUGACAGAGGGCGACCUGGCCAACUCCCAUCUGCCCUCGGAGGUGCUAUACAUGCUCAAGAACGUCCGGGUGCUGGGCCACUUCGAGAAGCCGCUGUUUCUGGAGCUCUGCCGCCACAUGAUCUUCCAGCGGCUCAGCCAGGGUGACUACGUCUUCCGGCCAGGCCAGCCAGAUGCCAGCAUCUAUGUGGUUCAAGAUGGGCUGCUGGAGCUCUGCCUGCCAGGGCCUGAUGGGAAGGAGUGUGUGGUGAAGGAAGUGGUCCCUGGGGACAGUGUCAACAGCCUUCUGAGCAUCUUGGAUGUCAUCACUGGUCACCAGCACCCCCAGCGUACUGUGUCUGCCCGUGCAGCCCGAGACUCCACUGUGCUGCGGCUGCCAGUGGAGGCCUUCUCUGCAGUUUUCACCAAGUACCCUGAGAGUCUGGUUCGGGUGGUGCAGAUCAUCAUGGUGAGGCUACAGCGAGUCACUUUCCUGGCCCUCCACAACUACCUGGGUCUGACCAAUGAGCUUUUCAGCCACGAGAUCCAACCCCUGCGCCUCUUCCCCAGCCCUGGCCUCCCAGCCCGCACCAGCCCCGUGCGAGGCUCCAAGCGUGUUGUCAGCACCUCAGCAACUGAAGAGCCUAGGGAGGCCCCUGGCCGUCCACCUGGCCCCACUGGGGCCCCUUUGGCUGGACCUGCAGGGGACCUGGUGAAGCCCACAUCCCUGGAAGCCCCCUCGACCCCCCUGCUGAGCCGCUGCAUCUCCAUGCCAGUGGACAUCUCAGGCUUGCAGGGAGGUCCCCGCUCUGACUUUGACAUGGCAUGUGAACGUGGCCGGAUUUCUGUGUCUCUGCAAGAAGAAGCUUCAGGGGGGCCCCAGGUAGCCCCUGUUCGGACCCCUACUCAGGAGCCCCGGGAGCAGCCAGCAGGUGCCUGUGAGUAUAGCUACUGUGAGGAUGAGUCAGCCACUGGCGGCUGCCCCUUUGGGCCCUACCAGGGCCGCCAGACCAGUAGCAUCUUUGAGGCGGCAAAGCGGGAGCUGGCCAAGUUGAUGCGGAUUGAGGACCCCUCCCUCCUGAACAGCAGAGUCUUGCUACAUCAUGCCAAAGCUGGCACCAUCAUUGCCCGGCAGGGGGACCAGGAUGUGAGUCUGCACUUCGUGCUCUGGGGCUGUCUGCAUGUCUACCAGCGCAUGAUUGACAAGGCUGAGGACGUGUGCCUGUUCAUCGCACAGCCUGGGGAGCUGGUUGGGCAGCUGGCUGUGCUCACUGGGGAGCCCCUCAUCUUCACACUUCGAGCCCAGCGCGACUGCACUUUCCUGCGGAUCUCCAAGUGUGACUUCUAUGAGAUCAUGCGUGCACAGCCCAGUGUGGUACUGAGUGCUGCGCACACGGUGGCUGUGAGGAUGUCACCCUUUGUGCGCCAGAUGGACUUUGCCAUCGACUGGACAGCCGUAGAGGCUGGACGAGCUCUGUACAGGCAGGGUGACCGGUCAGACUGCACCUACAUCGUGCUUAAUGGGCGGUUGCGCAGCGUCAUCCAGCGCGGAAGUGGCAAGAAGGAACUAGUGGGCGAGUAUGGCCGUGGAGAUCUCAUCGGCGUGGUGGAAGCGCUGACACGGCAGCCGCGUGCCACCACAGUGCAUGCAGUGCGCGACACAGAGCUGGCCAAACUUCCCGAGGGCACCCUGGGCCACAUCAAACGACGGUACCCGCAGGUCGUGACCCGCCUCAUUCACCUCUUGAGCCAGAAAAUUCUGGGGAAUUUACAGAAUCUGCAAGGACCUUUCCCAGCAGGCUCGGGGCUAGGUGUCCCCCCUCACUCGGAACUCACCAACCCAGCUAGCAACUUGGCAACAGUAGCAGUCCUGCCUGUGUGUGCCGAAGUGCCUAUGGUGGCCUUCACACUGGAGCUACAGCAUGCUUUGCAAGCUAUUGGCCCCACACUCCUCCUGAACAGUGACAUCAUCCGGGUGCGCCUGGGCGCCUCUGCACUGGACAGCAUCCAAGAGUUUCGGCUGUCAGGGUGGCUGGCCCAGCAGGAGGACACCCACCGCAUCGUGCUCUACCAGACAGACUCAUCACUGACUCCCUGGACCGUGCGCUGCCUGCGCCAGGCUGACUGCAUUCUCAUCGUGGGCCUGGGAGACCAGGAGCCCACACUGGGCCAGCUGGAGCAGAUGCUGGAGAACACUGCCGUUCGCGCCCUCAAGCAACUUGUCCUGCUGCACCGGGAGGAGGGCCCAGGCCCCACACGCACUGUGGAGUGGCUUAACAUGCGCAGCUGGUGCUCCGGACACCUGCACCUGCGCUGUCCCCGCCGCCUUUUCUCACGCCGAAGCCCUGCCAAGCUGCAUGAGCUGUACGAGAAGGUGUUCUCAAGGCGUGCGGACCGACACAGUGAUUUCUCCCGCUUAGCGCGGGUGCUCACAGGCAACACCAUCGCCCUGGUACUGGGUGGUGGUGGAGCCAGGGGCUGCUCACAUAUUGGGGUGCUGAAGGCAUUAGAGGAGGCAGGGGUCCCUGUCGACCUAGUGGGUGGCACUUCUAUCGGCUCCUUCAUUGGGGCCUUGUAUGCUGAAGAGCGAAGCGCCAGCCGAACUAAGCAGCGGGCCCGGGAGUGGGCCAAGAGCAUGACUUCUGUGAUAGAGCCCAUGCUGGACCUCACAUACCCUGUAACGUCCAUGUUCACUGGGUCAGCCUUCAACCGCAGCAUCUACCGCGUCUUCCAGAAUAAGCAGAUUGAGGACUUGUGGUUGCCAUACUUCAAUGUGACUACUGACAUCACCGCCUCAGCCAUGCGUGUUCACAAAGAUGGCUCCCUAUGGCGAUAUGUGCGUGCCAGCAUGACGCUCUCAGGCUACCUGCCCCCACUGUGCGACCCCAAGGACGGGCACCUCCUCAUGGACGGCGGCUACAUCAACAACCUGCCAGCGGACAUCGCUCGCAGCAUGGGUGCCAAGACAGUCAUUGCCAUUGAUGUGGGGAGCCAAGAUGAGACAGACCUCAGCACCUAUGGAGAUAGCCUGUCUGGCUGGUGGUUGCUGUGGAAGCGGCUAAACCCCUGGGCAGACAAGAUCAAGGUUCCAGAUAUGGCUGAGAUUCAGUCUCGCCUGGCCUACGUGUCCUGUGUACGUCAGCUGGAGGUCGUCAAGUCUAGCUCCUACUGCGAGUACCUGCGCCCUCCCAUUGACUGCUUCAAGACCAUGGAUUUCGGGAAGUUCGACCAGAUCUAUGAUGUGGGCUACCAGUACGGAAAGGCUGUGUUUGGGGGCUGGAGCCGGGGCGACAUCAUUGAAAAGAUGCUCACAGACCGGAGGUCUGCUGACCUUAUUGAGAGCCGCCGUGCAGAUGUGCUGGCCUUCCCCAGUUCUGGCUUCACUGACUUGGCGGAGAUUGUGUCCCGGAUCGAGCCCCCCUCUAGCUAUGUUUCCGAUGGCUGUGCUGAUGGGGAGGAGUCAGAUUGCCUGACAGAGUAUGAAGAGGAUGCAGGCCCUGACUGCUCACGGGAUGAAGGUGGCUCUCCUGAGGGUGCCAGCCCCAGCACUGCCUCUGAGAUGGAGGAAGAGAAGUCGAUUCUCAGGCACCGGCACUGUCUGCCACAGCACCCUUCCAGUUCAACUGCAGACACCUGAGGACCUGCAGAGGGGUCCCCCCUGAGCUUGGCUGGGGGUGGGCCCUGUGGGGGCUGCUCCCCCUUUGCCUGCUGCUAUGUCUGUGACCUUCCUGGAUUCCCCUGGACCUCCAGGGCCCACACACUGGAUUGUUGCACCUCCAAGAGGAGGGGCAGCGCUACACUAACGACCCUUGAACAGUCAUUCCCAAUAAACCUUCUA